GAUGAUGAUAAUACAAUACAAGCACGUGUCCUCCGGGGACUCCUCCUCCUGCCAAACAGGGACCCUUCAAACCGCCUGAUUCAUUUUUCUCCCACCUGUUCUUCUCGCUUCUGGGUGGAAUCCGCUAGAGACGAGGAUAGCGAUCGAUGUUCCCUCCACUGGAUGGCCACUCAUCAUGAGAACAGGGUAAGAGCUCUCUCGUACACGGAUGGACGGAUUGAGCCGGUGCGUGCGUGCGUGCUGUCAGGUUCUAAUGCAUUAUGGUAGGAGGAUCGAGCUAGCCUACUAGUUAGGUGACCCUCCGACCCUCCGACCCUCCGACCCACCUCGCUCCCAUCGGACAAACAAUCCGCACAAGCAGAGCUGGCCAAUUGGCCUGACCUGGCAAGAACGGCUAGCACCUCACCCCCCAAAGCCGACCUGGACACCCUAGCAUACACAAUGAGUGAGUGAGUGCUCGAGCAACGAGGAGUGAACACACCCAGUCCGCCCACUUUGCACGCACCUUUUGCGCGGUUCCCAACAUUUUGAUGUGGCUGAACACACGCCCGUUGAACUUGAUAUUCACCCCACUCUCCUAAACCGAGCGCGAUUUGUCGGCCUUCACGCCAUGCGGCGAAACAUCGGGACGGCCCAGCCCCAAGGUCCGCAUAGCCCGGACUGCCCGACGGGUCCAUGGCCCGCCACCGGCAGGGCAAGAGGACGAACGCUAGCUGGGGCCGUCCCCAAACACUCCAGUAGCUUAUUUGACCCGUCAACGGCCGAGUUGGAACGACGUGAAGCGGAAAUCGUAGGCCAUGUGGCUCAAGCCUGCACACGAGCCCCAUGCCCCACCCCCCUCCACCCGGCAGCUAGCUGUCCUAUCCCAUCGGACCCGGACGCUGGGUCCGCCUGUGUGUCUUGGGCCGAAGAGGGAGCCCAGACCGGCCCGAUGGAGCCCUAUGAUGAGUCUGAUAAUGAGGCCCAUGCUCCACCGGGUCUGGGCUCGUCCGAUAUGAAUCGCUGGUUCCAUCCAGCCGACCUGACAUCCGGUCCGGAGUCGGGUAUCCUGAGCGAUGACGGUCGGGGUGUCAGCCCAGCUACAACUCUGGCUGACCAAGCCGGUUUAUUGCCCCGGGCUGAAAAUGGGGAAAGCCUGGGUGAUGGCUUAGCCCUGUCCGACGCGGGAUCCAGCAUCUCGCGGGCCUCUCAGAUACGCUUUCAUUCCUUCGUGAAGACCGUCCAACGGAUUGUCAUUUACGAAACUCGCGCGCGAUAUUAUGUGGUCGGAUCGAAUAAUACGGAGACCCAAUUUCGAGUCUUGAACAUUCACCGCAAUGAGCCUCGUGAUUUAGUCAUCACUGACGAUCAACUCGUUUACGACACCCAAGAAAUUAAAUCCCUUCUGAUGAUGGCCGACGUUGGGAAUCGCUCCAAAGUUGGUCAGAAGGUGGGAUAUGGGCUCACUAAAACCUUGUCAGCCUUUGGCAUUGCCGGGUUUGUCCGAUUCCUCGAGGGUUACUACAUCUUGCUGAUUACGAAGCGGCGCAAAGCCGCCAUGAUCGGCCAUCAUUGUAUUUACAAGAUCGAAGAUACAUCUCUCUUGUAUAUACCCAAUGACGAUAUACGGGAAUCCCAUCCGGACGAGGCCCGGUAUCGGCGAAUGUUUCAGGCCGUGGAUAUGUCAUCCAAUUUCUAUUACAGCUAUAGCUACGACUUGACACGCACUCUUCAAUUCAAUCUGACAAAGCCCAAGUUUCUUCGAACGAAAACCAAAGUUCGCUCGCUGGAUGAGAUGUUCCCUGAUGGGAGAUUCCCGUCAGACGUUGGCUAUCAGAGCCAGCCCAAUGUCAGAUACUUGUGGAACGACCAGUUUAUAAACCAUACCUCCCUGAAUCAAAAUUGGGUGAUUCAUAUCAUUUACGGCUUCAUCGAUCAAUCCAACAUUAGUGUCUAUGGACGUCCCAUAUUGCUAACCUUGAUCGCUCGACGAUCGAGAAAAUUCGCCGGGACGAGAUUUCUCAAACGCGGCGCCAACUUCCAGGGCGAUGUGGCUAAUGAGGUAGAAACGGAACAAAUCGUUGUGGAUAGUACCGUGCUUGAUCUUCACCGUGCCAAAAUGACGUCUUUUGUCCAAAUCCGUGGAUCCGUACCCAGUCAUUGGUCCCAAGAUGUGACCAAAAUGGUGCCCAAACCGCAGAUUUUCUUUGAGCUGUCGGAUCCGCAUGGACGAACAUCAGGCAAUCAUUUCAACAAUCUGAUGGAAAACUAUGGCUCGCCCGUGGUGGUUCUGAAUCUCGUUAAGAAACGUGAGAAGAAACGCCCUCACGAAGGCCUCUUGGGCGACGAGUUCCAAAAUCAAAUCGAAUACCUCAAUCAGUUUCUGCCUGUCCCGGAUCGGAUCAAAUACAUUCCUCUGGACAUGGCACGAUGCAAGAAAAGAGAAGACACGGAAGUGAUCCAAACUUUGGCAGAUAUCGCGCAUUUCGCAGUCCGCCGUACCGGGAUCUUCUUUCACAAUAAGCAGGACUUUGGCCAUGUUUUGCAAGCCAAGCGACGCCACGAUCCCCUGGUCGAUAGCUAUGCUGAGAAGUUCGUCGAGCAAGCCUCCAAUCCCCAGCAGCUCUCUCAAACAGGAAUUGUCCGAACGAAUUGUGUGGACUGUUUAGACCGAACCAACACGGCUCAAUUUGUGGUGGGGAAAUGCGCUUUGCUGUUCGCCUUGGGGCUAAUUGACACACCCAACCUGGAAUACGAAUCCGAUUGCGCUCGAAUGCUUGAAGUCAUGUACGAGGAUCACGGCGAUACCUUAGCCCUCCAAUAUGGUGGAUCUCAGUUGAUACACCGAAUUAAGUCCUAUCGCAAAGAGUCAAAAUGGACGAGCAAAGCCACCGAUAUCGCACAAACCCUUCGGCGGUAUUAUAGCAACACCCUGUCCGAUGCGGAGAAGCAGAAUGCGAUCAACCUUUUCUUGGGAGUUUUCGUGCCCAAGGAAGGUCAAGUGGCCAUUUGGGACAAGGAGUUCAUCACUGACAAGUACCUCCAUUCUCCUCAAAUGUGUCGACCAUUCAACGCCCAAAGGUUUCCGUUCUACGUGACCACGCAUUGGUUCUCCCGUGAUCUCAGACUUGUCCUACCUCUACCAUUGACCGAGUAUCUGAAAGAGUGCACCCAAUUGAAACGGUUUAGUGCCGCCUCCGAAGAGUUCGAUCUUUACCAAGAUUACUACCGUCCAUUUGAGUUGAGCGUACUGAACGAGCUUUUCCCCUAUCGAGAGGUCAGCCACUCGGUCCGUGAUUACAUGCCAAAUUGUUGCACUGAAUACAGCCCGUUCGUUGUUCGACAACGCGAAGUCAAGCGACGCGAGGAAUCGAUUGUGCGAUCCUCGAAGAAUUCGUUCGCCGAAUUCCUUUUCGGAAAGAAAAGUUCUCCUUCCCCCAAUUCACCCUCAGCUGAGACGUGGAAGGUGAAAAAAAAUCCGUCCGUGGCUGGAGUGAGCUCGACGGCCUCUACCUUGUCCAACGCAAGCGACUCGGACGACGUGUCCUUGUCCUCGUCCCAAGAGUUCGUGGACUGGAUGGAAGAGCAUCCCGGCCAAGAAGAGAUUGGCGAGGAGGCUGCCGAGACCACAGCCGAGCACACGGCCACCUUCCAGUCUUUGCUCAAGGUCAUGGAUGCCGGAGUGGCCCCUGCCAAGAUCCAGGAACCGGAUCCAUUCAAUAUGAGCCUUUAUCGAGGUUAUACCAUGGAAGGCGAGCCUCCCAAGGCAGAGGGCUCGUCAAUUGCUUCUAAGAAUCGAAUGCCCAGGGGAAGCCCAAGCCAGGAGCUGUUCUCCCUAACUGUUCAACUGAAGGCAUCAAAUUUGGACAUCUAUCGGGGGUAUUGCCGAGUUGCAGAGCAAGGCGCGCAAGAUCCAAAUGAUGCUGACAUACAAUUGUACCAUAAUGCUGUGAAUGUCUGUUAAGAACGAACGAAAGUUUUCCGCGCAAUUUAGGUGCCUCAUUGCUACACAUCUGCUAUAUCAUCCUGAUGUUCAAAAAGGCAGGCAAGGAAUAAAAAAUACCCGUAUCAGUA